UCCGGCGGCGGGGACUCCUGGAGGUCGCCGGGGCGCAGGGAGCGGGUGAUGGGGGUCUGCGUGGCGCCGGGUUCGCGCGAGGGAUCAGCGCAGGCGGUGGAGCGGCGGUGGCGGCAGCACCGCGAUGCGCGCACGGGGGGGGGGGGGGGUGAGCCCGAACGGGAGCGACCCCGCCCGCGCGCCGUAGAGGAGCCCGGACAACCGCGGUCGGAGCCCGAGACCCUCGGUGGAGCCAGGAGAGCCGGGAUUGGAGCCAGGAGAGCCGGGAUUGGAGCCAGGAGAGCCGCGGGUGGAGCCAGGAGAGCCGCGGUCGAGGCGCGCACUGCGGCGGGAUGCGCAGGGACCGACGAGGUCGCCGCUCAAUCCCAGCGGCGCGGGGAGGCGGCGGCGGGCAGAGCGAGCGCGGCGCUGCGCCUGGCCAAGCCGCGGCGCUUCCACUGCGGGCUCAUUGGGGCGCGUGGAGGUUUUCAAGUGUGCGCAGAGUUCGGGGAUGCAUGCACGGGGCAAGCUCCUGGGACCGGCUCUGAGCAAGAGAAGCCGUCCGAAAAGGAGGGAAGCAUCGACAAGAUUCCGGCAACGGCAGCAGCAGCUCGCCACGGGCCGCGCCGGGAAGGUGAAGCGGCGGCGGCGCUCACAGUGGCGUGGAAGUAG